AUGGAGGCAUUGGCAGCCAUCAUCCGUAGCCUGAUGGAGCGGGAACAGGCUCAGGGCUUCGCUGUUGCCGGCGCUACUUUGGCACUAUUAUUCUGGAGCUAUUUCUAUUUGCUACCCGCGCUCACGUUGCGGAAGAUCCCCAGAGCUGGUAAGCAUCCGGGUUUCCUCGGGAGUCUGUUUGGCCUUGGCCUUGCCGAUGCGAAACGUGACUUCAAGAAGAAUGGCCUGAAAAUUCUCAAUGAAGCGUAUUUAAAGCACAAGGGAUCGAUGUUCAGGGUGCAGACUCUCAACGAGGAGCGAGUGGUCCUGAGCCCGUCGUACAUUGAGGAAAUCAACAAAAGUGUCCCCGAAGGAACACUCAAUGUGACAGACGGACUUUCUGAGAGGCUCAUGGGGCCUUACACCAAGCUCGAUGUUGUCUUCAACAGCGACAUGCACAUCGAGGUGUGCAAGAGUCCGCUGACCCAGAAUCUGCCCAAGCUCGUAGCGCCCCUUCACGAGGAAGCCGAGUACUGGCUCAAGCAGCGCAUUCCCGGUGACGGCCAGUCCGAAUUGAAUGUCCACGACAUCAUCGUUCGUGUCAUCUCAGGUACAGCCACCCGCAUGCUCAGCGGACCUGUUGCCAGUCGCGAUCCAGAAUGGCUCGAGAGCGCUGCGCUGUACUCUUACGACGUUGUCGUGGUCGCCCAGACUCUGCGACACUUCCACCCUCUUCUUCGUCCGUUUGUGUCACCCUUUCUAGACAGCAAGAAGAAACUAGGCAAACACUUAGGAGUCGCCCAGAAGACAUUCCGUGGUCAGUUCACGGAACGAAAGAAGCAGCAGGAGAGCGACCAGAAAUCCGGCAACUCUGAUAAGCCUGUCGACAUGGUUCAAUGGAUGGUCGACGCCGCGAAAGGCAACGACAGAAACCUGGACGUCUUGGCCAUGAACAUGCUCUUCAUGACGCUAGCUGGUGUCCACACCAGCGCCAAUACAACCAUGCACGCCCUUUUUGACCUUUGUGCAAACCCGCAGUUCUUACAGCCCUUGAGGGACGAGAUCCAGCAGGUUACGGAUGAGGAUGGAUGGACCAUGGCGGCCAUGAGCCGACUCAAGAAGGUCGACUCAUUCAUCAAGGAAUCUCAACGACUAAACCAGACUGUACUGAUGACGUUCAAUCGCAAGCUCGCAAAAUCUCUCAAGUUUGCAGACGGAACGGUCCUCCCGCGAGGCACCUGCAUCACAAUGCCCAGCGUGGCCGUCUCUCGCGAUCCGGAGUACUUUGAGAACCCGGACGAGUUCGAUGGCUUCCGUUUCUACGAGAAGAGGUCCACCACCAUCGACAAGUCGGAGGCAAACCGCCAGUCAUUUGCCGCCAUUGGCCCAGACAAUCUCGCCUUUGGGUUCGGAAAGACCGCUUGUCCGGGUCGAUUCUUCGCCGGCACGCAAAUCAAGACUGUUCUAGCCAGCAUCAUCUUGAACUACGACAUUUCCUUUCCAAAGGGUCAAAGCCAACGACCUGAUAAUAUUUACAGAGGAGGACUCAUCCAGCCUGAUCCUCGUCAAAAGAUGGUGUUUAGGAAACGGUUCUAG